AAGGAUGAUUCCCAGAGACUUCUGGAAGGCUUCAAAUCUGAUGACAAAGAGCACACACUCAUGAAGAGUAAAGCAGAACCCUAUACAUCAAAAGAGGAAAUGGUGCUGGAGGAAAGUGAGUCUCCUCUGAACAGUAACGUCACAGCAUUUGCAUUAAAGGCAAAAGUGAUCUAUCCCAUCAAUCAGAAAUUCAGGCCUUUGGCAGAUGGCUCAUCCAAUCCAUCUUUGCAUGAGAAUCCAAAGCAGUCAGUUCUGCCUAAUCAGGUCAUGGAGACAUCUACGUCAGGCAGCCUGGGGUCCCUGAGCCAGGGAGACAAAGAGGACUGCAGUUCCUCUACAACAAUACAUUCCACAACAAGCGAUGACAGAUUUCAGGCUCGAGCCUUCCUCAAGGUGAUCAGCUUCCCUGAAGUGCUAACGUGUGAGAGUUUUGAUGUUAAGCUCUGCCUUUGCAGUCUCAUUUUGAAAGAUCUCAUGCUUCUUGAUACUGAACUCAGAAAAGAAAAACAUGUGAUGUUUAUUCAGGUUCUCAAAAUAUACCUCACAGACUUUUGUCGUAAAAAGAUCACUGAUGAUUUGUUCAAGAAGAUCCUUUUAAUUCAAGAAAACGAUUUUGAAGAAUUACAGAAACAACUUGACUCUAGACUCCAGAAUACUGAGAUGUCAGGAGCACAUAAUUCAGAGUACCAGACCCUAGAAGACUUAGAAAGGAAAGAAAGAGAAUAUUCUGAGCACAUAAUAGAUAAUAUGGAAGCUUUCUGGAAGCAGACUGACAAAGCCCAGCAGGCGUUUUUGGACCAAUCAAAAUGCUCAAGUGCCAAAGCAACAAAGAUAAUGAUGGAUCUGACUGAGAAGAUGAUUGCAGUAGAAAGCUUAUUAAGUGAAUCUCAGGAUUUGCAGGCAAUGGACAUUCAGGAAAGGUUAUUCAACUGGGAGCUUAUGGUGAAAAUGAUCGAUUCGCUGAAGUCCUAUAUACCAGAAGAGUGCAAGUGUAGAUUAAAUAUUGUAUCAAAUAUUCUGGACCAUUUAACUGUAAAGAAUAACCUCUCAGUCCGACAAAAGGAAGAACUUCUAACAGAUCUGCACAAGGCCUUCUGGGAACAGCUGGCACAUUUCAGUAGUGAAUGUAUCCAGCAAAGUAAAGACCUGAUCUUGAAACGACUGGAGUGCCGUGCAAAGAAGAGAGAAGAGUUCAAACACAGACAGAAAGCUGAACAAGGGAGUCUCCUCAGUAAAACUUUUCAUAUUAAAGAUGUUCAUAAUUUUCUUAAGGCUUACCAUGAGCUGUUAGAGAAGCAUCGGCAAGCACAGUGGGAACUGGAGGAGGAGGAUGACUGCGAGAGCACAGAGGCUGUUGCAGAUCUCUACAAGGAGCUGUACUCUAAAGCUUCCCAUGCUUUAGCGGAGUUGGUGACGGAGCUAUUUCUUCAGACCCUGCCUGUUGUGACCAGCCUCUCUGUAAGAGAAUGUGAGCUUCUGAAAGAGGAGUGGCAGGAGAAUUUGGUUCCUCAGCUGGAGAAAUGGGAGACCCACCACCAGAGACGCUGGAAGCUUUUCCAGGAACAGCUAUUGCAAGAAAAAAAA